AUGAAAAAUUGAUUUGAUGGCAGAUCACUUGAAGAGGAUCUUAAAGAUAAUCUUGAAGGUCUCUCAAUUGAAGAUAAUUUAAAAUCGCUGACAGAGCCAAGGCAGCAAUGCAACUUUGUAGGACUAAUGAAUCAGUAAUUUUUACUUAGAGGCGCAACAUGCUAUCUUAAUUCUUUGAUACAAGCAAUGUUUAUGACACCUGAGCUUAGAUCUGCUAUUUUCAAACUUCCUUUAUAUGAUAAAACUAUUAACAGCCCUUCACCUUGACUGCCAGAUGGCCAAAAAAGAGAAAUCCUUUCAGCACUUCAAGAAUUAUUUGUCAGCCUCCAAGCAUUAAAUUUGAAAGCCUACACAACUGAAAAUUUAACUAACAGUUUUCAUUGAACUAAUAAAGAAGUCCACGAUCAGCAUGAUGUUCAAGAACUUAAUAGAGUUCUUUAUGACACAAUUGACAGAACUUUGGCAGAUUCUGAAUAUUCUGAAUUUAUUUCUAAUCUUUAUAAAGGAGUUUUUGUAAAUGAAAUACAAUGCUUUAAAUGUCAAGGAGUUUUUCAGAUAAAUGAAGACUUUUAUGAUAUUGUGCUGCAGGUUAAAGGAAACAAAGAUAUAAAGGCAAGCUUAGAUUCAUUGCAAACUCCAGAUAUGCUUAGUGGAGACAAUCAAUAUUUCUGUGAAAAUUGCAAAGAAAAAUGUGAUGCAAUGCGCUGCACAAGAAUUAAGCAGCUUCCACCGAUUUUGACAUUUUCAUUAAACAGAAUCACUUUUGAUGCCAAAAAAAUGCAAAGGGUAAAGGUGACUGAUAAUUUUGAGUUUCCUUUAGAACUUGAUUUAUCAGCUUUUGUUGAAAAAGAAAAAAAAUACGAGCUAUUUGCUGUAAUAAUUCAUUAUGGCGCUGGCUCUAGUAUAGGGCAUUAUCAUGCUUAUAUAAGAGAUGUGCUGAAAACUGGAAACUGAAUAGACCCAAAAAAGACAAAUAAAACCAAUGAAAUUGCAAAGUCAGAAAGCUCGGCGUCAGACGGCUUUAAAUCAUAUAGCACAAGAAAAAGAGCUAGGAAAAAUCUUAAAAGAAAAGGAAAACAAUACCCUCAAAAGCAAAAAGAAGAGACUCAGCAAGAAGGCCCAAAAACCAAUAUUGAUUUCGAUUUUGAAGAAUUCCCAUAUGGCUGUGAAAAUAAAGAAUUAUUGCAAGAUUGGUAUGAUUUUAAUGACUCUUUUAUCUAUCCUAUAUAUUCAGGAAAAUUGUUGAAGCAAUUUGGAGGUGCAAAAGAAACUGCAUAUAUGCUAGUAUAUAGAGAUGCCACUUUAAACCAAAAUUUAACUAUCCCUGAUAUUCCUGAAUAUUGAGUUAACAGCUUGGAUCUCCUCUUAAAGCCUCUUAUUAAAGAAAAAAUCCCUGAUGAGCCUUCGGCUGUAAAACCUAAUGAGACUGGAACUGUGCAAAAUGAAUUAAUAAAGCUUUAUAUUCAUUUAACAUUAACUGGUUUCCCUGAUCAGUGUGAAUCAAUUGAUGAAGUAUCUGUUCCUGGAGAAAUGACCCUUUUGCAGCUUAAAGAGCAUAUAUUUCAAUUACCAAAAAUAUAUCAAGAAAAUUCAUGCCCAGAAAAUUUAAGAAUUCGUGAUAGAACUGAAUAUUUUUGGUUUGGAAAAAUAUAUAGAGAAGAUGAUAAGUCGUUAGAAGAUCUUGGAAUUACUGAUGGCUCUAAUUUGGCAAUUCAGGUUUUGGCAGAGCCUGAAUCUUUUAACCAAGGCUUUAUGCAGUUUUAUGUUAGCGAGUGAAUAAUUGAUUUAAAGCAAAAAGGUCCACCUAUUGAAGGCUUUUUUGAUGGCUCGACCCCAAAUAUUGAUAAAUUGUAUUUAUGAAUAAUUGCUACGCUUAAAAAUGACUGGAACAUCAAAGACAUGACAAUCGCCUUAUAUAAGUCAGCACUCUUUGAGUGGGAGCUUAUAAAAGAUACAAGAAAGAAAAAAGAUAGAGGAUCAUUGAUAGAAUAUAAAGGCACAAGAAAAUCGAAGGGAAUACAGAACCUUAGAAAAUCCCCUUACUUUUUAAAAGAAGGAGAUUAUUUGGUUGUUAAAUAUGAUCCAGAAAAUUCGUUAGACGAUGAUGAUUUUUUGAAACUUCUUAAUUGAGAAACAAAGGCGCCUAUAAAGGAUAAUUCCGAUAUUAAAAACACAGAGCAUCGUUCUGAAAAAUCAAUCAAAAUCGCAGAAUUUUAA